CUUGGGUGGGUUGAGCUUAUUGCGGUCAUGUUUGGAAAUCGGUUGGGUGUUACACGUUCGGGCUUGGUAUUUUAUUAUUGGGCAGACUCGUCAGAGAAUUUACACUCUUAACAUUAUAUUAACGAUGCUUGUGAAGAAAAAAUAAUCAACAAUGAACUUAAGGGGAUUUUUCCAGGAUUUCAACCCGAGUAAAUUCCUCAUCUAUGCCUGCCUGCUACUCUUCUCCGUCUUGCUCUCCCUAAGGCUUGAUGGGAUCAUCGAGUGGAGUUACUGGGCCGUCUUUGCACCAAUAUGGUUGUGGAAGCUGAUGGUUAUAGUUGGUGCCUCAGUGGGCACAGGUGUGUGGGCACGCAACCCCCAAUACAGAGCUGAAGGAGAAACAUCUGUGGAAUUUAAAGCUAUGCUUAUUGCAGUUGGAAUUCACUUGCUGCUGUUAAUGUUUGAAGUUCUGGUCUGCGACAGGAUUGAGCGAGGCAGUCAUUUCUGGCUGCUGGUUUUCAUGCCUCUCUUCUUUGUGUCACCAGUAUCUGUGGCUGCUUGCGUAUGGGGAUUCAGGCAUGAUCGUUCACUGGAGCUGGAAAUCCUUUGCUCUGUAAAUAUCCUUCAGUUUAUAUUUAUUGCACUACGACUGGACAAGAUUAUCAGUUGGCCCUGGCUGGUUGUUUGUGUUCCUCUGUGGAUCCUUAUGUCAUUCCUUUGCCUUGUUGUACUGUACUACAUAGUGUGGUCAGUACUGUUUCUUCGUUCCAUGGAUGUCAUAGCUGAACAGAGAAGAACUCAUAUAACGAUGGCAAUUAGCUGGAUGGCAAUUGUGGUGCCGUUAUUAACAUUUGAGAUUCUUCUGGUUCACAGACUGGAUAAUCACAACAAAUUCCCUUAUGUUCCUAUCUUCAUUCCCUUGUGGCUGUCCCUUAUAACACUGAUGGCAACAACCUUUGGACAAAAAGGGGGAAAUCACUGGUGGUUUGGCAUCCGCAAGGACUUCUGUCAGUUUCUCCUAGAAAUCUUUCCUUUCUUAAGAGAGUAUGGGAACAUCUCUUAUGACCUCCAUCAUGAAGAUAUUGAAGAAUCUGAAGAGACUCCUACACCUGAACCACCAAAAAUUGCUCCCAUGUUCCGCAAAAAGACUGUUGUGAUCACCCAGAGCCCAGGCAAAUAUUUUGUACCGCCACCAAAACUGUGCAUUGAUGUUCCUGACUGAUUUGUGUCCCCUAACUGGACAAUGACUCUUAACUGGAAUGAUAGUGGAAGAGAACAUCCUCCUCCCAUGCCCCCUCAUCUUUUUGAAACACUUCCUUAUAAACAAAGUUCUGUGUGACUUUUAAAUUUGAGCAGUUCUAGUUGUCCAUCUGACUGCUAAAAGAGGAGUUCCAUUAUAUUCAGAAUAAAGUACAGAGGACAAACAAUGAGGAGUACAGAAAACAAAUGAAGGAAGGCUGCAAAGAUCUGAAUCCUGAAUUUAGUCGAAAUGUGUACUCCUUUAACUGUCAAGGGGAAGACUGUACUAAAGUCACAAAGGAUUGACGUCCAUUCCUAAAGAAAUAAGCAGUACUGUUUUGGACAAUUUUCCCCUUUCAGUGUUGCUGCUGUUUACUUAAAUGUGAUCUCCAUUUUUGAUUCCUACAUUUGUAGGGAAAUAAAUGCACAGUAGUUAGGCCAGAAUAUUUUGAGAACAAGGAUUACAUUUUCGGAAAAUAAAUUGUAUUAUUUAUAGUUCCUACUUUACCCGAACUCUGCUGUGACGUAGAGUCGAGUAUUCUUGUGUCCGGCAUCCAUUCAGUGUCACCUAACCGUACCCGUUCAGCACUGAUUGGCACACUUCUCUUUGCUUUUGCAAAGAAUUGUAUAAAAUGUAAAUUUGUGUGUAAAUAUAAUUUAAUUCUUUGCUAAUCUGGAAAGCUGUGUCUUAGCUUGGAAACGUUGCCGUCAGGUUAGACCUGCAGUAAUUGUAAAGAAGCCUAA